UUUCGAGCCGUCGACCACACGCAUGCAGCUCCUCGCCUUCCUCGGCCUCGCGGUCGUCUGCCACGAAGCGCAGGGCAUGAGCCUCGGCGCGAUGGCGCCGCCGACGAUCGACGAGUUUGACGCGGCCAUCCACCGCCAGCACGAGCUCCACCGCAUGGGCGUGCCGCCGCCGCCGCGGCAGUCCAAGGCCGCGCGUCAGGCCGCGCUCGACAAGACGUCGCGCAUCAUCCAAGAGCACAAUGCGCAGCCGAACGCGAGCUUCAAGAUGCGUUAUAACGCGAUGAGCGACUUCUCCGACGACGAGUACUCUGCGCUGCUGCAGACCAAGCCAGACCACGUCUACACGCCGGAGCACGCUGCCGCCCACCACCGGUGGGGUCCCGAGGUCGACGUGCACGCGUCGGCGCAAACGACGACGACAUCGUACGCCGAGAGCAUCGACUGGUCGACAAAGGACAAUGGCAAGUACGUGACGCCGGUCAAGAACCAAGGCAUCUGUGGCAGCUGCUGGGCGUUCACGGCCGCGUCCGUGCUCGAGUCCAUGACGGCGAUUGCGUCCAACACGCAGGCGAUUCCGCUCAGCGUCGAGCAAAUUCUGUCGUGCUCGUCGUCGCUGCAGCACGUUUCAAGCGCGUACCCCAACAAGAUGAUCUCGUCGGCGCGCGGCUGCGACGGUGGCAUGACGUUCCUUGCCUUCGAGUACCUCAAGCAGUCGGAGCCGCAUGGCCUGACAUGCAACGCGCUGAGCCCGUACCGUAUGCGGGUCAAGGCCGACCCGAACGCCGCCUCGUCGGCCACGUGCACGUCUGUCGACGUCGUUUCCAAGUGGUCGUCGUCGUCGUCGUACCUCAGCAUCCAAAACAGCUACGACGACGUGAUGAAGGCGCUUCAGAACGGACCGCUGAGCAUCAGCAUUGAUGCGAGCGGCGCGGGCUUCCGCCAUUACGGCAGCGGUAUCUACGACGCGUCCGACUGCAAAAGCGACGGCGUCACAGUCGACCACGCCGUCAUGCUCAUGGGCUACGGCGCCACGGCAGCCGGAGAGCUCUACUGGAUCGUCCGCAACUCGUGGGGCACCAUGUGGGGCGAGAACGGCCAAAUGCGCAUGAAGCGAACACCGGCAGCGUCCACCUCCAAGUUUGGCCCGUGCAAUGCCUUCCUCUAUGCGACGCAGCCCACCGGCCUCUCGUAUGAGAGCACGAGCAAGUGCGUGACGAGCCCUGCGUCGACAAGUGACGAGGCCACGCUGCACUACUUGCCGUCGAGCGGCCUCUUUUAUGGGGUCGCGUCGGCCCUCGCGGCGCUCGGUGUUGCUGGUGCGAUCGCGGGCGAGUGGCGCCUCCGGUCGGCGUUUCCCAAGCAAACGUACGUCGAGAGCUUCCUCAACCACCAGCUGCCGAACCGCGAACAGCUCGUUGCGCACAUGGCCAAGAAGAAGAUCAAGGCCGACGCGCUCGUCUAAGGGCCGCUUCCAACUGCCUAAUCCCGCGCGCAAUGUUAACACGACUAGUGUACAAUGACGGGUUGCUUUCAGUUCAAGGUAAGGUGUAGGGUAGACGACGUCAUCACGGAAUUCAUAGUCUCGGAGCCAAACCCUAACCCUUGGCAUGA